AUGCGUGCAGGCUGCUUCUGCUCGCUCCUUUUCUAUGUCUGGUUGACCCCUCUGCUGCUUUUACUCCACAGGAUCAAAGCCUCUGGUCUGAAGCUGCGGUUCUGCACUAACGAAACCCAAGCGACCAGGGAGAAUUUCGUGAAGAAGCUGCAGGGCAUGGGCUUUGACAUCUCCGUGGCCGAAGUCACUGCCCCAGCACCAGCAGCCUGCCGCAUCUUGAAGGAGCGCAGCCUGAGGCCGCACUUGCUCGUGCACAACGAUCUUGUCCCUGAAUUUGCUGAGAUCGAUAAAGCAAACCCAAACUGCGUGGUUAUUGGAGAUGCAGCAGAAAACUUCACCUAUGCAAACCUUAAUGAAGCUUUCCGAGUUCUGAUUGGGAUGGAGAAGCCUGUUUUGAUCUCCCUUGGAAGGGGACGCUACUAUAAAGAAACCGAUGGUCUGAAACUUGAUGUUGGAGCAUAUAUGAAGGCAUUAGAGUAUGCUUGUGAUGUUCAAGCUGAGGUAGUGGGGAAACCAGCAGAAAAGUUUUUUGAGUCAGCCUUAGCAGAAAUGGGAGUUCCAGCACAGCAGGCCAUCAUGAUUGGAGAUGAUAUUGUGAAUGAUGUAGGAGGUGCCCAGCGGUGCGGGAUGAGAGCUGUGCAAGUGCGGACAGGGAAGUACAGGCCUUGCGAUGAAAACCACCCCCACGUGAAGCCCGAUGCCUACGUGAACAACCUCGCCGAAGCAGUCGACGUUAUCCUCCAGCAGCUGUGAAACCGAGGGCGCCGUGGGCGAUUGGAAGGAAAGGAGGAGGGGGCCUCGUGUGCAGCCCCGCCACGAGGCCACUCCGUCCUCUCCCACCCCCAUCUGAUGUUAACAGAGCCAGACCCAGCCUUGCCCAGGGUGGUGAACGCCUGUGUUCCUAAAUGUUUCAUCUAAGGGUACUAAAACGAUCUGCCAGCCUCCUCAGGGGAGCGCUGAACUUGCUGUCCUCCGGCACGUCGUGAACGUCUUCCCCUUGGUGCCGUGCUCCUGCCAGCGUAGGUGAAAUCAGCUCUCCCAAAAGUGCCCGGCUCUUCCCCAGCUGGGGCUGAGCCUUCUCUGCCCUAGGGGAGCCCUGAGGGUGGUGAGGGGCCUCUGCCGCCCCCCGCCGAUGCAUGGGGGGCUGGACCCCCUUUAACUGCUCACACCAGGGACCCAGCCCAGAGGUGCCCGGGGGGAAAGGGGGGACCCGGCACUGCUUCAUGGACAAGCUUUGCUGUUCAACUCCCCCUUUCUGUGCCUUUUGGGGUGCCUGGGAUGGGAUGGAGAUGUCCCUGAGGGGUGAUGGAGGCCACCAAGCCCUGAGCUGCUGUGUGCCAGCCCAGCCCCGCUCUGCGGGGUCCCGUGCAGCACAAAAACCCUGGGGAGGGGGACAGCCCCUGCGCCCCCAGCACACCGGUAACCACGUUUCUGCCACGCUUGGUCCCUGUCAGGCACCGCCCCAGGUUAGGGCUCGGGAAUCUGGUAACACUGCGACACGUGACGGAAUAAUCCCACCAUCCUGUCAGGAAUAAACCUCGUCCUGUGGAUCGGCACAUUUGUCGCUGUGUUCGGUCACGUCAGCGCUGGCAGGGAUGCUCAGGGGAUCUGAAACAGGAUCUGGCUGGGAUAAGCUGGCAAGGGCCAAGGGGCCGACAGGCUUUUCCUUCUCUCCAUGGGGUCUUGCAGGCGGACAUGGCUGGGACACACACACGGCUUUCCUAGCCCUUCCCGUUAAGAUCCCGGCCGUGCAGCCGGGGCUCGCUCACACCCAGGCGCUGUCAGCGUUGAGCCCCGCGCAGCUCCAGCUCACGCACCGGCGGGAGCUCCGGUGGGGAGCAU